CAAUGACAGCGCACUUGGCCAAACUCGACAGCAUCCUCGACAACUGCGCGAUCGACCAGCAGCACCCGUCGCCAGUGGACCCCACCCAUGAGCGUGGCAUCGCUUGCCUAUUUACGGUCCUCGAAGACCCGACGUUCUUCGACAAGCUCCACUGGACGUCGGCGCUCAAGAAGGCAGAGACGCGCGUCCUCGUGCGCCUCGACAAAGGAUGCCUCACGUACCUACCGCCGAGCGCCGCGUCGCCGCAGUACCUUCCGACGCUGCACACGAUCUUUGUACGGCACGGGAAGCGCCAGGUGCAGCUUGUCGCCCGCGGCAGCGACGUCAUUAAGACGUUUGCCUUUGCAAGUCCGCUCCAAGCCACUGAAUUUUGCGGCGCCGUGCAGUUGCUGCAGCACUUGGACCACUUGCGUCAGCCGCGGUACCUCCCACAAGGCGCGGAUCCGGAGCUCUACAAGCAGCUACACAACACACUCACGUUUGCAACCGACAUGUGGACGCAGGCGCUCUGGCAGCAGCUCUGGCCGUACUCGCGACUCCUCGAGCUGCUGGCGUCCGGUCUUUCGCUCCUGCGCAAGAGCCAGCCGACGCCGUCGCGCAACGUCCUCAAGCAGCUCUUGGUGAUCUUGGACGAAGUGCACGACGAUUUUUUUCCACACGCGUCGCUCCACACCAUGUCUGCAGACGAGAUGCAUGCAAUGUUGGACGACAUCAAGUGCUAUCGAGCGUCGUAUAUUGCUCUUCUCGUUGGCAAGAUCCAAGCACUCACAAUCCACGUCGAGCUGUACCUCCAUCCAGUCGCCUAG